AGACGUCGGAGCGUCUACUCCAUCCCUCUUUCGCCUCCCUCCGUCCCUCCGCCCUCGCCUCGCCAUCCCCUCCCGCCCUGCAUCACAUCAACUCGGGUGCGAGAACCUUGCGGCGAUUCUCUUCGAGGGUAGGCGCAUUCGACUCUAGGUGCUCGGCUUGCGGCACCCAAGAGGCACGCGAUCCAUGUUCAGAGCCGAAGUCCCCGGCCGAGCUCUGCAAAGCACAGACGACCACCAUCACCACCGUCACCACCGCCAUCAACGCCUCCUUCAAGCUCUCGACUCGUGACAAUGGUGCUCACGCACACGACGGGACAUACCUACUCCCACCCGUUCCCUACCGUCACCCUCGCCUACUUCCUCCGCUACUCCUCGCCCAAGCUGAACCCGUUCGCCACCCACGUCCUCAGCACCGACACCAUCUCCAGCCAUGUUGAUCCUGUCACACAGCGGCUCCACACGACGCGAAUCCAUCUCAAAAAGAGCCGCAUGCCCAAGGCCAUCUACAAGCUGCUUCCGGGCAGCGUAACGGGCGGGUCCGGCGCAGAGAAGGCCUCGUACAUUCUCGAGACGAGCGUCGUCGACAUCAAGGAAGGGUGGAUGAGGACGGAGAGCCGCAACCUCAACUUUACCAGCGUGCUGUCGGUGAUUGAGCAGCAGCAGUUCAGCCUCCCCUCCGAGGCCGACCGCGGCCCCGCGGCAUCGCGCAACGAGACGGACGUCCUGACGUCGGUCGUCUUCAAGUCGAGGCUCGGCGAGAAGCUGCGGGGCAAGCUCGACCAGGCCCAGGAGCAAGGCUGGCUGUCGGGCUUCAUCGGCGGAUGGGGCACAAAGGGCAUCCAGCGCAGCAUCGAGAGCCUCGCCUCGAACAAGACGCUAGACCAGCUGGGCAAGAGCCGGGACGGCAUGCGCCUGGUGCUGGAGCGCAUCCGCAACAACGGCGUCAUCGGCGUGCUCGAGACGCUCCGCAACGAGCGACAGAGGCAGUUGGCGUAAAAGCCGCUUCCUCGCUGUACAUCAUACCGGCACGGCCUGACGACGACCGUCGCCGUUGCCAAGUUUUACGACUGAUGGAUCGUGUAUCCCUACUGUAUACCAGAUUUGUUUUAUUUUCCCUCCCGCUUUAGCAAGGCGUCUGUGUCUUUUGGGGUCUUGGGGCAUGGAGGAGACAAGUCGAGACUGGCCGAGAAGGACACGGGGGGACGUGGUGAGCAGAGAUUUCGUGCGUUGUCACGCCGCCUAUAGGGUGACAUCCCCUCUCUUGCAUCGAGGAGCAGCACUGUAGGUACGGAGUAGCAGAUGCCAAUAUAGGACUGAUACACACACGCGCACACACAC